CUCGUCUCCGGCCGCCUCAGUGGCACUGAGCGGGACCUCAUUCUGCAGCGGCGCAUGGAGGCCGGCCGGCCCUGCUUGCUGGUGGCCGAGGUCAGCGAUGCCUUCGAGCGGCCGGGUGGCGGCAGCCGGCCGCAGAGCCGCGAGAGCAGCCGGCCGCAGAGCCCUUCCUCCGUGGUGUCGCUGGAGGAGAGCGGCUCCCUCAUCCACUGCUACCAGGAGGCCAGCGGCGAGUGGAGGGUGCUGACGCGCCUGCCCGAGGAGGCCAAUGCCAAGGGCUGCGCCAUGUGUGUCCUCCACAACUACCUCUUCCUUGCAGGGGGCAUCGCGGCGGGGCCGGCAGGCGGAGAGCCCCGGGCCCGCCUUUCCGACAAGGUCUUCUGCUACAACCCCCUUACCGACACCUGGAGCCAGGUGCGGCCGCUGGCUCAGCCCCGCUCGCAGCUCAAGCUGCUGGCCCUGGACGGUUACCUCUACGCUGUGGGGGGCGAGUGCCUCUUCACCGUGGAGAGGUAUGACCCGCGGGCUGACCGCUGGAGCCCUGUGGCACCCCUGCCCAAGGGUGCCUUCGCUGUGGCUCAUGAGGCCACCACAUGCAACGGGGAGAUCUAUGUGUCAGGAGGCUCCCUCUUCUACCGCCUGCUCAAGUAUGACCCCAAGCGUGACGAGUGGCAGGAGUGCCCUUACAACAGCAGCCGCCGGCGCUCUGCUGACAUGGUGGCCUUCAAGAGCUUCAUCUACCGCUUUGACGUGAGCAGCGGCCGUGGUGGGGAGCAGGGCCCAGGCGGUGGGGCUGGCGGUGGCGUUGAAGUUUUCCGGUACAACACGGUGGCCAAGCGCUGGAGCCAGUGCGCCAGCCUGCGGCCCAGCGGCGGCCCCAUCCAGCCUUUCCGCUGCGCCCCCUUGGGCAACACCAUCUACUGCGUCAACCGGACCGGCACCCUCCGCUUCAGCCUAGCCCAGGACGGUGAGGUGGAAGCGGAUGGUGGGCUCAAGGGCACCUUCGAUGGGGAGCUUCUUAAAGCUCCCUUGGAUGCCAAGGGUGUCCUCCUACCCUUCGUGCUCACCCUGCCCGAGAGGCUGGACAAAGCAGGGGACCAGGAGGGCUCCCUCCUGCUGUGAGGUAUCCAGCUGGCUCUGGCUUCCCGAGCGGGGAGCUGGGUUGCAGCUGUGGGGCACCCACAAACUCCCCCCUACAGAGGGGACCCUCUCUGGCGUGUCUGCAGAGACAAGGGGCUCCUCCUUUCCUCCUCUCUGCUCCCAAGAUGUUGAGCUGGAGCCACUUGGUUGUAACUCGGUUGUAACUCUUUUCAUGUUUGCUGUGCUUUGUGUGAAAAGCCAAGCACGUGAAAGGAAAAGCUGCUAUAAAGAUAAUCUCUGGAUUAUGUUUGUGCCAAUGCCCAAUCUGAGGAAAACUUUUUUACACCUGGAUUUCUAAAAAAUUCCUGCCAACAGUGUCAUAAUGGGACGUUACUGUUAGUGUUGGUUGCAUGUUUACAUGUAGUUGCAAUCUGGGCUGGAGCCUUUUCUGCCAUUUGUUUUCUUUCUCUCCGGGAUGAUACCGAGGGAUAAAUGCUGCCGGCAACGUAGCUUGGCUGCAUUUGUUUUUACGUUAAACCAACUAUUUCCUGUGUUAGCAAAGUAUAGGAAGAACAUCUCCAUCACAGCCUUUCAUUUCUGGUGCAAUAGAUGGUUUAAGGAAGACGUGGCACUGUGUGGUCCCAGGAAUUUCAACCACAAAUGAUUUAACAGAUACCAGACUUAAAUUUUUAAGUAACACGAAUGUGUGCCACAUGUUUGUGUUUGGAAU